CAGAAGAAAAUGGCAGAAGAAAAUCAUUCCACAGUGACUGAGUUCAUCCUGGCUGGAUUAACAGACAAAUCAGAGCUCCAGCUGCCCCUCUUCAUUCUCUUCCUAGGAGUCUAUGUGUUCACAGUGGUGGGGAACCUGGGCAUGAUCACACUGAUUGGGCUCAGCUCUCACCUGCACACUCCCAUGUACUAUCUCCUCAGUAGUCUCUCCUUCAUUGACCUCUGCCAUUCUACUGUAAUCACACCCAAAAUGCUGGUGAACUUUGUGACAGAGAAAAACACCAUCUCCUACGCUGAAUGCAUGACUCAGCUCUACUUCUUUGCAACUUUUGCAAUUGCAGAGUGUCACAUGUUGGCUGCAAUGGCAUAUGACCGCUAUGUUGCUAUCUGUAACCCUUUGCUUUACAAGGUAACCAUGUCUAUUCAAGUCUGUUGUUGGAUGGUAGUUGGGGUGUAUACUGUGGGCUUGAUUGAUGCCACAGCUCACAUAGUCUGCAUGCUAAGAGUGCUUUUCUGUGAAGCUAUAAUAAACCAUUAUGCCUGUGAUCUUUAUCCACUAUUGGAGCUCUCCUGUUCCAGUACUUUUAUAAAUGAGAUAGUAGGUUUGUGCAUCAGUGCAUUUAAUAUCUUUGUUCCAACCAUGACAAUCCUUAGCUCGUACAUCUUCAUCAUAGCCAGCAUCCUGCGCAUUCGCUCCACUGAGGGCAGAGCCAAAGCCUUCAGCACCUGCAGCUCCCACAUCUCUGCUGUUUGUCUCUUCUUUGGAUCUGCUGCAUUCAUGUAUCUUCAGCCAUCAUCAGUCAGCUCCAUGGACCAAGGGAAAGUAUCAUCUGUGUUUUAUACCAUUAUUGUGCCCAUGCUGAAUCCUCUGAUCUACAGCCUGAGGAAUAAAGAUGUCAAAGUGGCCCUAAGUAAGCUCCUUGGAAAAAUAAAUUUUCUAUAA